AUGAACUUGUUUUCUUGGGGAAGAGGCGACGACGACGGCGCCCCUGCUCCUGUGGCUGCUGGCUCCACACCCGCCGCCGCCGGUGCAGAGGCCGGCGCAGGUGCCGAUGCCGACGCCGACGCCGGGCAAAAGCCCAGACCGGCGCCGUUGGCCCUGGGCGACGAGCCAGACGACGCCGCCAAGUGGGCGAGAUCAAGGGCCCGUUGGAAUCUUGCAAUCAAGCCCGACAGCCCGGAGUUUGUGCAACAAAAGGCGGUGUUCGAAGCAGCCUUGGACCCAGGCUCGGGAAAGAGCAUCGAAGAUACCCUCAGGGAGCACUUCUCCAACUACGAGGCCCACAAGUUCAGCGGCUGGGCCGACAGGAGGCGCGAGCCCGACUUGCAUACGCAGCAGAAGAGAGACGCCGAAGCUUACAACACGCUCCUGACAAGGCCGCCCUGGGACCAGGAGGCCCCCCAGGCCUUCCUCGCCUUCAAAAUGACCAUGCUGUACUUUGGCUUCUCGGUGGAGCCCAUGAAGAUGAACGACUUCUUCAGGCUGCCCCCGGGGUCCGGCCUGUUUGGCCUUGACGACGACGGCGACGACGACGACGACGACGACGGCGAAUUGGACGACCAACGCACCUUCAUCCCGGAGGAGAUGCGCCCAUUGCGUUUCCUGAACAGGUACGACAAACGCUGCUACGGCGCCGACAACGGCCACAUGAUGCCGGACCCGACCUAUGAGAUGUACUACGGCCUGCCCUUUCAACCACCUGAGGGCCAGCAGCAUGGGCAGGGCAGCCCGGCCACGGGGGCUCCGGCCAAGAUGCGCAUCCGCGGCAGAGGACUGGGCGAGGAUAAGGACGAGGACAUGGAGGACGAGUCGAUGAGCGAUGGCUCCGUCGACGGUUCCUCGUUCUGUUCCGACUCUCUGCUCCCAGACGCGCCCGAUGUCGAGGUUGAUGGCGACGGCGGCGGCGGCCGCGUCCUCAACCUCCGGGGAGGGUCAGGGGGGUCAGGGGGGUCAGGGGGCUCAGGGCCCGAGGGCAACGCCCUUGUGUGCUCCUUCUCGGGCUACACUGCCUGCAAUAUCCACUGGGCGAGAGGAUUCUACGCGGCCGUCGAUACCGCCCUGGUACUUGGAAAACGUCUGGACGUCCACAUCACCGUCGCCCUGAUGCGGGUGUUGCCGCAACAGUGGGCCACGAUUGUCCAACUGGAACGCGGCACCCUGGGCAGCGCGAAGGGCGAGGCGGACUUGCACAGCAGGCUGUUGGCGGCGUACACGCGAGCACGGCGCCAAUCAACCGAUGGUGCACUGGCGUUCUUCGUGUGCCACAGGGGCAACGAGGAGGCCCUUGUUGAGCUCGAGGAAAAGGGCCAGGGCGCCAGGACGCUUGGUACGCCAAUCAGCAACCCCGAGGUUUUCCAUUUCGCGAAGCCGGAGCAUAGCGGGACGUCGGCAGCAUACUUGUGGAUGCCACGGACCGUCACCAGAGACACAGCCUCGAACAUCUACACGGGAUGGUUCAAGAACGUGGUGCGCAUCGCGUCGGGCCCGCAACAAGCGGACGACAGGCUCGGGCGACAGGCUGCGCAGCUGCCGCGGGAGUCUUGUGCGGUGCAAGUCGGGGACAUCAGCCCGUCCUUCCACCAUGAAUCGCCGCUGCCGCGAGAGGUCUGGGAGAGGAUGGUGGAACGGGGCCGUCAGAGCGGCAACGAAGUCAAGUUCAACCUGUCGGUUACCAGCCUCGAGAGGCAGGCCUUUGCGCAGGUCCCGGGCUACUACCCCGAGACCCGGACCACGGCGACGGCGCUCAACACGGAGGCCGUCUUCAAACUUGCCUGGGACUCGGUGCCGGGCCAUGACAGGAACUCUGUGGCCAGCCUGGUCAUCAGGCGGCCCGGGGAGGCCGGGUCGGCGACUUUCGCGUGCAAGAACGGGUCCGUGGACCGCACGACCACGGCCUACGCCAAUUCCGAGGGCAAGCUGCGCGAGUGGCUGCGGCACAAGUACUUCUUCAACAUUGUGCCGCAGUGGGACGAGUACGAGGUCACCGCCCCCAUCGCGGGCCCCGGCGGAGCACCCAGCCGAGGAACCCACACGUUCACAUUCCCCAGAAACCAGCCAUGGUCUCUGGUCAGGUCUCGCCUCCUCUCGGGUCUCGACGCGGCUGGCUGGAGCAUCAGCGACGACCAAGCCGGCCGCCAUGUCUUGCGCAUCGACCAGCGUACUGCCGACGGGGCAGACAUACUGCAGAGGAACAGGGUCGCGUGGGACAUGGAGCUGGGCAUUGGCCAGAAGUACAACGAGCUGUGGAGGGACUUCAGGGCGGCCCUUUCGGUGAAGCGGCUCACCAUCGCUCCGCUGCCCAAGGUCGACGGCCAUGGCAACCCCUACCUCCCAGCCCCGCUGGAGCUUGACCUCCAGGACCCGGUCUGGAGCCGGUGGGGGUGCAACCGCCCAUCCGUCAACCUGGACACGGGCGAGCCGGUGCCGAAGUCCAGUCCGACUCCGACCCAGACCAGGACCCAGGACCAGGACCAGGACCAGGACCGGGUGCAGGGCGAUGGUCACCACCACCACCACCACCAGCACCACCACCAGCACCACCAGCACCACCAGGACGAGAACACCCGCCACGGGCAGCCGGCUCAGUCCCAGCCCCAGUCCCAGUCCCAGUCCCAGCCCCAGUCCCAGCCCCAGGACCAGCACCAGGGCAUCCUGCACCAGGGCGUGCCGCAGCUGGGCGCGGGCGUCGACAUCUUCCAGUCGGGCAAGUACUACCGCGAGCAGUCGUUUGCCACGCCGCUGUCGGUGCAGGUGGGCGACCAGAAGCCGCGGUUCCCCAUCAACGCGCCGCCGCUGGAGCACAUCCGGCGGCCACGGGGGCCCGGCGGCGUCGAGUCGGACUCGAUGCCCAUCGUGAGCACGCACGUCAUGACGCCGACGGAGCAGCGCAGCCUGCAGCAGGCCUUCUUCCAGAUGCGCUCCAUCGCCCUCAACCGCGCCCAGCAGUGCCCCCACAGGGACUGCACCGCCUUCUUCCCCGUCGGCCCGGGCAACACGGCCGCCUUCCACGCCCACCUGGACGCAGAGCACGUCGGCACCCACUGCCCCUUCUGCGACGACACCCUCUUCAGGCACUGGUCUGCCACGGACCGCCAGAGGCACUUCGUCGACAAGCACUCCGAGUACUUCACCGCCAAGGGCGACCUGCUGAGGGAGGCCCUGCUGGCCGACAAGACAAAGAGCAAGGGCAACGUCGACCCGAGGGAGGAGCAGUACAGCUUCUGCCCCCGCUGCGGCCGCAACCACCAGCUUCUGACCAGCAAGGCCGACCGCGUGCACCACGACAACGCCUGCUUUCCCGGCAACGAGGCCACCCUCCCCGCCGACCAGUACUGCCACCGCUGCGGCGAGCCAGACCACGUCCUGCCCGGCCAAAAGCACCAGUGCGCCGCCGCCGCCGCCGCCGCCGCCUCCGACGUCUUCUGCAACAACUGCGCCCUCGAGUGCCACCUGCUGCCCGCCUCGUACGGCAGGCGCCACCUGCUGAACUGCAAGCCCCUGGCCUCGACACCCGACAGCUGGUGCCCCUGGUGCGGCGUCGACCUCAAGUCGGGACCGCGCUCGGCCCGCCUCAAGCACCUGGCCGCCUGCGUCCUCAAGCCCGCAUCCGGCCAGAACCCCGUGUGCACCGACACGGGCCUCCCCUUGGAAAGCCCUCGCGACAACAAGGCCCGCCUUCUCAGGCACGGCCUCAAAAACCUGGGCGCGAGCAACCGCACCGCCAGGAUCUCCGUGCCCCCCAAGUGCCCCGUCGACGGCUGCCACACUGACCUGACCUCGUGGAACGCCCAGGGCCUGUACUACCACUUCCAGUCGCAUCCCGAGAAUGUGCUGGAGGAGGGAGGCGGCCUGAAGAACUGCCCCUUCUGCAACUGCAACUUUGAGCUGCGCGGGUUCCGCACGGGCCUGGAGAAGCAGCAGCACCUUGACGACCACAUCAAACACCGCAGCCACCGCGUGAUAGCCGACGAGAUCAUCGGCAGCAACACAGACCGGGAGAGUGACGUCGUCCUAGACGCGUUUUCCAAACUCAAGUAUGACGAGUACGACCAGAAGGCCGAGGUCGACCGUCUGCACCAGGAAACCCAACAGCUGUCCGAGAGCGUCAAACGCCUGUCGGCCCAGAACCGCGAAUACAGAGAUGCCGAAUGUAAACCUCACAAGAAAUGCGAAGAGAAAUGCAAACACAUGGCAAUAACCCCGUCUAGCUCUGGCAAGGAAACACGGCGAGCUGCCAGGGCCUCAAGGCUCAGCCCCGUUGAUGGCACGGACGCGCCCGCUUCGAAACGCAAGGACGGCGCUGGCCGAGAUCUGGCAGAACCACCGACCAAAAAGUCAAGGGUCGUCCACUACGGCCCGUCCACCACGACCGUCCCGGGCUUUUCCACGGGGCGCCAGCUCUUGAGAAGCGUGCCGGACGCCAGUGAAGAUUGGAGCGACGGCGGCGGCGGCGACGACGACGACGACGACGACGAGCUCUCACUGGAGUCGGAAGUGGACGUGGAAGAAGGCAUUAUCGACGACGACGAUGACGACGACGACGACGACGACGACGACGACUAUGACGACGACGGCCUCGAAGACGAUGACUUCGACGAGCUGGCUGAUUAA